AUGCGCUUCAUCCAGGCCGUCGCCCUCCUCCCAGCUCUUGCUGUGGCUCAGGAGCAGGUUCCCCUUGGGGAUCGUGUUCAGGGUUGGUUCAACAAGGCCAAGUCUUACUUGCCCACUGCCACCCCCGUUGUCCCCGCCGUCCCCGUCGUCGAGAAGGUUGUCGAGAAGGCGGCCAAGAUCGAGAUCAAGACUGUCACCCCCGUCAACCUGACCAACUGGCAGACCAUCCUGGAGCCGGCGUCUGAGCCCCAGGACUGGCUGGUUUACGUCACGGGUGGAAACAAGACCUGCUUCGGUCGCUGUGCUCAGGCGGAUCAGGCGUUCAAUGAAUCUGUGCUGCUGUUCUCCGCCGAUUCCACCUCCCCCAACCUUGCCAAGUUGGAGUGUGAGACCAACCAGGUCCUCUGCUCUGCCUGGGCUGCCGGUGCCCCUUCGGUCUUCUACUUCCAGGUCCCCCAGGCCCAGCUUGGCGAGGAGCGCCCUGCUACCACUCUCCACGCUGUGCAGCUGAACUCGACCACUGUCACCCCUGAGACCAUCUACAAGGUGCACUCUGAGAAGGUUUACGAGAACGAGCCCGCUUACGAGGGUCCCCUCCACCCCACGGAUGGCUGGCUUGCUCAGAACGGACUCCUGCUCCCUCUCGGCUAUGUCAUCUACGGAUUCAGCUCGAUUCCCAGCUGGCUCUUUAUGAUCGGUAUCAGCUUCUUCAGCCGCACCUUCAUAAUUCCUGCUUUGAACCCAUCAAUCAACCGCCGCCCAUCGCAAAACCACCAAACUCAAACCCCCAACCCAACAACGACCAAGACACCCCCCCCCCCCAAAAUGGCCGAUAUAGACCGCUCAGCCCCUUCGACAACGGCCUACGUGGUCGCGACCGCCAUCCUCGCCGGAAUCACAGGCUACUUCAUCGGCCAAGGCAGCUCGCUGGGGCUCUUUUCCACGAAGGAAAAAGAAGGCUGGCCGAACAGCUACAAUGUGAAGGUGCACCGGGAUUCGUCGGACGAGGACUACGAGUCCUCGGAAGAGGAAGACGACGAGGAUAGCGAAGACGAAGGCGACGGCAGCGAACUCGCUAGCUUCGACCAAUCCGCUGAAGAAGUGAAGUUGGUUUUGGUCGUGAGGACGGAUCUGGGUAUGACCAAGGGCAAAAUCGCAGCCCAGUGUUCGCAUGCUACGUUGGCGUGCUAUAAGUACCUGGCCGCUCACACUACGGGAUCGUCGAUUCUGCGCCGCUGGGAAUCGCAAGGACAGGCCAAGAUUGCGUUGCAGGUGAAGUCGGAGGAGGAUAUGGAGGAGUUGCAGGCCAAGGCCAUUAGUCUUGGGCUUUGCGCCAGGGUCAUUACGGAUGCUGGACGGACGCAGAUUGCCAGUGGGAGCCGCACGGUGCUGGGUGUUUUGGGUCCCAAGAGUGUGGUGGAUGGCGUUACGGGGCAUUUGAAGCUGCUGUAA